GCCUUGUGUAGUCAGCGUUUUGGUGACUGGAAAGAAAAAUUUGGACCAAUAGGAUUGAAUUGUAAAGAACUUACUGGAGAUACAGUAAUGGAUGACUUAUUUGAGAUUCAGCAUGCCCAUAUUAUUAUGACAACUCCUGUAGGAAAAAUGGGAUAGCAUGACUAGGAAAUGGAGAGACAACUCUUUGGUUCAACUGGUUCGACUGUUUCUCAUUGAUGAGGUACAUAUUGUAAAAGAUGAAAAUCGUGGUCCAACUCUUGAAGUUGUAGUCAGCAGAAUGAAAACUGUACAGUCUGUUUCUCAGACUUUAAAAAAUACCAGCACUGUUAUUCCAAUGCGAUUUGUAGCUGUAUCUGCAACAAUUCCAAAUGCUGAGGAUAUUGCAGAAUGGCUUUCAGAUGGUGAAAGACCAGCUGUAUGUCUGAAAAUGGAUGAGAGCCACAGACCAGUGAAACUUCAGAAAGUGGUCCUUGGAUUUCCCUGCAGCAGUAACCAAACUGAAUUUAAGUUUGAUUUAACCCUCAACUACAAAAUUGCCAGUGUUAUACAAAUGUAUUCUGAUCAGAAACCCACACUUGUGUUUUGUGCAACAAGGAAGGGUGUGCAACAGGCUGCUUCUAUUCUUGUGAAAGAUGCUAAAUUUAUUAUGACUGUGGAACAGAAACAGAGGUAUAGUUUUUCAUUUUUUCAUAGAGGUAGAAGGACUUUUAGGGCUCAUCUAGAUGAGAUGAGAAAAUUAGGCUUGUCCCAUAACCUUGGGGUAAACCUCAGUGUCCUCAUCUAUAAAAUAAGGAUAAUGGUAAUUUUGAGGAUUAAGUGAGAUAAUGAGUCUUAGUGCAGGGGUGAUCCAGGUUUCUUGAAUGAUAAAGAUUAUCCAUACUACUGUCAGUCUUUUUUUAACCUAAUUUCAAUCCAACAUCGUUUAUAGUCUUUCACUAAAGCUGAUCUUGCGAAUUAAUCUUUAAGGACUUUCUAUCAUAUUUGGCCACUUCCACCUUACUUAAACACUCUGGGCUCUGUGCUUCCAUGACCAUUUCUACUGAUUUUCUUCCUACUUUGCAGGCUGCUUGUUCUCAGUCCCUUUUCACCUCUUCUACCCAACUCUUUUUAUUUAUUUAUUUAUUUAUUUAUUUAUUUAUUUAUUUUUUAUUAUUAUUAUAU